AUGUCAACAACAUCUACUCAAGCUACUCAAGCUACUCAAACGACACAAUCAGGACAACAGCCACCUCACGCAGACGAUACAGAGUUAACCACCGCUCAAGAUUCAGAAUCCCAAACACCUAUUACUCGAACUGUGGUCAUAGCUUUAGAUCACUCAAGUGAUAGUCAGCAAGCAUUCGACUGGUCUUUGAAAAACUUUUUGAGGAAAGAAACUGAUUUGGCUGUAUUAGUUAAUGUUCGGCCAGUUCCUACAGUUCCUAUACCUUAUGCUGCAAUGGGUGCGAGUUAUAUGGAUUUCGGUGAAAUUGUAGCUAGUCUAGAAGAACAGUAUCGUAUUAGUAGUCAUACAUUAUUACAAGAAUAUGCUGCUAAAUUAAAGAGUCACAAUUUUGCAUGUAAAGCUAUAGCAAUGAGAGGAGACGCAAGAGAUGAGAUUGUACGUAAGGUUGGUGAAUUGAACGCUGAGGCUUUAAUAUUGGGUAAUCGUGGAUUAGGUGCAUUGAAAAGUUAG